AAUGAUAACAGCAGUCACAAAAACUCGUUAGGGAAGAUAGGAAAUCUUGAACUUGAAGUCAGGGAAACAUUAAGUUGCAAAAUAGGUAAGUAGGGAGUGAAAAUGGGAAGAGCAACGAGGAUAUUGAGUAAAGGCCGUAAGGCUCUUGAGGAUUUAAGUUUGCUCAAACGCUUGCAGUCUGAGAUUACCCACGAGCUCUCCUCCGAACGCUUUCAGGACAUUCAAAAUGGUCCCUUGGGGGGUUUUAUACUGGAAUAUGAUGCACCGCUGUCCCAAGAUGUGGUUUUGCGGAGGAAAUUUGAAUCAGGAGAUGAAAUUGCAGUUUCAGCUAUGCUGGGGCAGGAGACCUUCGUGAGAGAGGGUAUUUUUCCAAGGGAAGUUUUGAUGAAAGUAUGUGUAAAAAAGCAAGGGUUGAGCUCAAUUUUGCAGUUUGAUUGUGGAGUUAGUGAGAUGGAUAAUGGCAGAUCUGAGUUUGACAUCCAUAAUGCAUGCUAUCUCGAAUCUGCAUAUUGUCCUCAUCCUUCAGUCUACAGAGGCCCUUUAUUCAGCACUUUGGACCCUCGGUUACAAGAUGCACUCAAGGAAUAUCUAGUUGCCAGAGGAAUCGGAGAAAGUCUAACCAACUUCCUUCUCCUCCACUUACAUAAAAAGGAGCAAGGCCAAUACGUGAACUGGUUGCAAAAACUUGAGUCUUUGGUGGCUAAAGGCGAGUGAUGCAUAUGAGAUAUCAAUGGAGUUACUUCAUAUCUUUAAUUUCAUCAGCAUCCCGUUUUAUUUGAAAAGGAUUGUAGCAGAAAAUAAUUCAAACUGAGCUGAAAUUCUAAUUAUGGACCAAAAUGUUUACAUAUUCAAGUUGUAUUAUCAUCUUGAAAUUGAGAUAUUUUUAUUCAAGUCAGCUUAUAUUUAGCGGCAACAA